CGGCAAAUGAUAUCGCUCGAGCCAUGUGGAUGGGAGAGGACUGGCGUAUUUGUGUCAGCCCCAUGGUCUUCCACACAACAUUGGACAUGGACAUGAAGUUGCCAGUGUGGUUCGUCGGCGCCGACAUCGAGGACAAACACGAGAACGACGAGUUGGCGUCGUAUCAAGAGGCGAUCCUCCAACGACUGGUGGCGACUUUCACGAGCGCCGUCAACAUGGCAGAGGGGAUCGACGGCGGGCGGGUAUCGUACGACUGGUUGAAGAACAUUGCCGACGCGAUGAGGAUUAUGCUCGCGGCGACCAUGUGGCUCAUGCGGAUGAGCGGGGACGAUCUGCUCGCGCAUUACGACGCAUGGUUUUUCAUCCAACUGACAGCGAAGCCAAUGCUAGUCGCAUCCAUGCAUCGGUCAUUCGACGCGCGUCGCCAUAUCCUCCAAGCUGCAACCGUGGUGACGGACAAGUUGGCCAAACUCCCGAUGACUUUGGUCGACCCCCCUUUCUACAUCCCUGACUGGGCGUCUUGCGGCAUCACGUUCUCAAAUGACACCACCUUGCCUUCCCCCAUGGACGCCAAGAAGCUGGGUUGGCUGGGCACAGGCCCCUCGGAUGAGGAAGAAGAGCACAAAGCCGAUGAAGAAGCCGACGCAGGGGGUUUGAUGAAGCGUCCAUGGCACCCAUCUUUGACGUAGCCGUCGCAGAAUUUGUGAAU